CUUUUGCUUACCCGAUUAUAAACCUCAGUAUUUGCAGACCGGCAAAAAGGACAAACCCUAAAGCAUCUCUCUCUGAGAAAUUAGAGAACGUCUUCUUCACUUAGUUAUUGAGCGAAAGGUUCGAAACUUGUUCGUGUUUGCGGCCGAAAACCCCAGAAUGGGAGACACCGAUAUGAGUGCGAUAAUCCCAGAUUCAGCGAUGGACUCAGUGAAGACUACCUUAGCCAACUUGGAAGAAGUGGAGACGAACCUGCUUCAGUUCCUGUCCCUCACUGAUAAUGAUGCUAUUUCCGAGUUGCCUCCUCUCGAAAGGGCUCAGGCCCUGUUAAUGGUUGCCAAGGCCACAACCAUUCUCUUUGCAUUGAGAUUGAGGUGCAAUGGACUUCACCCAGACGACCAUCCAGUCAAGGGCGAGCUCGAAAGACUGAACUUGUAUGAACAGAAGUUGGACCGUAUGAUGAAUUUGAGCAAAGCCCCAUUACGACGAUCCACCACCUUGAAUUACCAGGCUGCCACCCGCUUCAUUGAACAUUCUUUGCCUGACCUUACUUCUGAACAAAGGAAAAACAUGAGAGAUAUCAGUAGAGGAGAAGGGCACAGGAUGAACUAUGAGACAAGCUUGCCGAAGAAGAGAAAGUAUCCUUCAUCUGAAUCUGUGCAAGCUGCUGCCAAAGAAUUCUUGGAGAAAGCUGCCCGUGAGAUUGUUGGAGGGCAAGCAGGUAGCUUCAAAGGUCCCAUACAAAUUGACAGUGACACAGCAGAUGAGGAAGAAGCACCUGGGGCCUAAUUUCAUGAUAUGUUCUGGUAAUUUGUGCAAAUACUCUUAGCGAGACCUCAGUUUCAUGUUCAGCUUUACUCGUUGAUUGUUUGAACUUGUGAUUUAUUGCGAAUAGAAUUGCCAAGCUGGUCUGAAACCAUCAAAUAUUUUCAACUUUGGUAAAUCCUGCAAAAGUGGAAGAAUCUAAUCUCUUUCCAUCUUUACGUUACCUAGCGUUUGUUAGAGAUUCUCUUUAUUUGAUAACUGGUGGUUGAAUUCCAUAAAGAGAAGGAACGCCAAACAAGAUAUGUGCUUAGGGCUUCACUUUAUAGUAAGAUUACAAAACUUAUGCAUGUGUCAAGUAUUGGGGAUAUGUUCUGAAACUUCCUCGGGGGGCACGUGUGUCGGAAGUAUUGCUUCUUCAGGAGCAAUAGCAUCAUCAUAAUCUGUGAAAAUGAUUGUUCCAAAUAGUGUAGAAACUAAUAUAGGUUAUUUACUAGUAGUGUCAAGUCAAGUCUAGGCUUCAAAGCCCUGUAAGUUGAUUGGGGAGCCUGUGGUCUCUUUGUCCAUCUCCUUUCUGUACUUGCUCCGUCUUAGACAGCAUGUCAAGAGUCUUCCCAUAAAGCUCGGGUGGAAUGAUAUCUUUUAAAGUCGUAUUAUAAGGAGAGAUAGGAGAUAGUAAUUUCCUGAUGGAUAAGGAAAGAAUAUAACUGAUAUAUCUGUACUUCUUUUGAUAUAAAUGACGUAUGAAUGUUAAUCUUUCAUAUUUCUUCUAUAGAAUCUGCAUGCUAGCAGUUACCUUUGGACGUAGAACGUAACUAGUUGCUGCGGUUCUUUUAUUUAUUUAACACUCUGUUAAUUGUGAACUGUGUAUGAUGCUCAACCCUUUGUUAAACACUCACAGAGAUAGAUGUGCAUUAAUAUGUUGAAUGGAGUUCGUGGUGUGUGUCUUCAUGUGGCUCUACUAGUUUAUGAUCCAUCGUUGGUUCUGUUGAGAUAGUAAUUUCCUGAUGUACAAGGAAAGAAUAUAACUGAUAUAUCUGUCCUUCUUUUGAUACAAAUGACGAAGGAAUGUUAAUCUUUCAUAGAGUCUGCAUGCUAGCACUUACCUUUGGACGUAGAACGCAACUAGUUGGUGCAGUUCUUUUAUUUAUCUCACACUCUGUUAAUUGUGAACUGUGUACGAUGCUCAACUCUUUGUUAAACUUUCACAGAGAUGGAUGUGCAUUAAUAUGUUGAAUGAAGUUCGUGUUGUGUGCCUUCAUGUGGAUCUACUAGUUUCUGAUCUGUCGUUGGUUCUGUUAAAAUAGGUGUUUCUGUAAUACCUCCUGUUGAAGUUGAUGGCCUGAAUUUUUUCAGUUUGAAAACUGGAAAGCCGUAGUAUGAUGCCAAUUCUGAAGUGUUCUACAAGACUACAACCCAUGCUAUGAUUCUACCAUAGCCAUAGCCGUAGCGAACUUGCUUAAUAUUGCUCGACUUUCCGUUGCGAUUAACUGUUUAACUAACCUGAUCCUUAGUAGUGUUUCUAACAUGCUCCUUGGUAUAUACGUUUGCAGGAAUUGUCUGGGCCGAACUGAUUUGCUGGCAUGAUUGGGUGGACAAGUUGCCUUCUUGGAUCUUAUGUUGCUCUUGAUAAUGACUGGUGUAUGGCAGUGUAGAUUGUCUGGUUAUUACCUUCUCCUGGGGGUGUUGCAGAAAGCAGUUGGAGGAUGACCGCCCCGUGAAACGAGAAGCCCUUUCGAAGUUCAACUGGCAUAGAGAUUGUGCCUUGUUUCCUAUAUCUGAACUGUAUUUCUCUAGUUAGUACAAUUGCUCUAUGCUCCUUGAUAGCUAGUUUCUAUGUUAUCUAGUAUGGCUGUUUGUAGAGGAAAUUGUAUUUGUAUGGCAUGUUUUGUGAUUGCCUUCAACUUGAGAUGGCCCUAGUAUGCUUCAAUAUCAUACACCAUUCCAUUUCUAAAAAAAAAAAAAAAAAAAA